ACAAUGCCCGAGCGCAGGCAUGACAACAUCGACCUCAAUUAAACUCAUCGAUUAAGCUGAUGAAAUAUGUCCAACAUCGCCAACGAGUUCACUUAUCUCCUCCUUGCCCUCGUCUCCGGGACGUCCAUAGCCUUGGCUAUUGGAGGACACUUGGUGUCACGGCUUACAAGCAGCGACCAUGUCUCCUCGCCUCUCCCGCUCUGGGCUGUUGUCCCCAUGACACCCGUAGCUCUCUACUUCCGCUCGAAGCACUAUUGGCUUUACAAGAUGCGCAUUCACAACACCCAGCCCGCAGCUACCUACCCUCAUCGCGACCCCAUUCUCGGCACUGACUGGAUCACCGACAUGCUGAAGGCCGUACGGGCGUACAAAAUCCUGCAGGUCUGGGAUUCACUCUUCGGUACUGUCGGGAGCACGUACUGGGCGCAGAACGUUGGCGCCUGGAUCAUCAUGACCAACGAGCCUGACAACGUCAAGGCGCUGCUAUCGGGUCAGUUCGAUACUUGGCAGAUCCUCGGCGUUAGGCAAAAAGUCAUCCAGCUCGCCGUCGGGCCCAAGGGGAUCUUCUCAGUGAAUGGCGGAGAGUGGCAUGAGGCGAGAGCCAUGAUUCGGCCAAGCUUUGUGCGGAACCAGAUUGCCGACAUGGAGUGCACGGAUCGGCAUGUGGAUAACUUCCUCGACAGGAUACCCCGCGAUGGGGGAAAGGUGGACCUGCAGGAGCUGUUCUAUCUGUUUACGAUGGAUGUUGCGACUGAUUUCAUGUUCGGAUAUUCCACCGAAACGCUGGUAAACCCAACACCAGAAGCCCUUGACUUUACCGUAUCCUUCGACUAUGCACUCCUCUCUGCGGCUAACCGCGCACGGCUCGGCUGGAUCGCCUUCCUGGUACCGGACAAGAAGCUCGAUCAGAGCGUUGCGACGUGCCAACGCUUUAUCGACCGGUACGUCGAGGAGGCGCUGCGCGAGGACCGGGCCAAGGAGCGGCCGUAUGUUUUUAUGACCGAGAUGCUUGCCACGGGGGCAUCGAAGGAGUACGUCCGCGACCAGCUUCUGGCGAUGAUCUUGGGUGGGCGGGACACGAGCGCGAGCACGCUGAGUUCGCUGUUCUGGACCUUGGCAAGGAGGCCUGAUGUGUUGAGUAAGAUGAGGGAGGAGGUUGGACGGUUGGAGGGGAGGAGGCCGAGCUGGGAGGAGCUCAAGGAGUUGAAGUACUUGAGCAUGGUUCUAAAAGAAGCGUUGAGGCUAUGGGCGCCAGUGUCAACAAACAUGCGAACGGCCACAGCUGAUACCAUCCUACCUCGUGGAGGCGGUCGAGAUGGAAAGUCGCCCCUUUUCAUCCCCAAAGGCACAGGAUGUCGGUGGUCGUUGUACAGCCUGCACCGACGGACAGACAUCUUCGGCGACGACGCGGAUGAGUUUCGACCUGAACGCUGGGAAAAGCUUCGAACAACGUGGGAGUAUCUGCCCUUCAGCGGCGGGCCGCGAAUUUGUAUUGGGCAGCAAUUCGCGCUGACCCAAAUGUCGUAUCUCGUGACGAGGCUACUGCAAACGUUUGACGAGGUUGAGGCUAUAGACGAUGGGCCGAUGUUGCAGGAGGUGAGUACGACGAUGAAGAUUGUCGGGGGGUGUUGGGUGAAGAUGCGAGCGGCUUAAAGCGUGGGUGCGUUAGGAAGUAGGAAGUGAAAGGCGUGUCGGAAGGGGGGGUAAAUAGAGGGAGGAUCGGAGGAUCGGUCCCCUGGUUUCACGAAGUCCCUAAACCGUUUAGUUUCGUUUGGCCCGCAGAUCCAAAGCCGUAUUUCCUUGGUCGUGUAGUCGUUGUG